AUGCUCCAGACCUUGUACGACUACUUCUGGUGGGAACGGCUGUGGCUGCCCGUGAACUUGACCUGGGCCGACCUAGAAGACCGCGAUGGACGCGUCUACGCCAAAGCCUCAGACCUCUACGUCACGCUGCCCCUGGCUCUGCUCUUCCUCAUCGUGCGCUACUUCUUUGAGCUUUACGUGGCCACACCGCUGGCCGCCCUCCUGAACGUGAAGGAGAAAACUCGGCUGCGGGCACCUCCUAACGCCACCCUGGAGCAUUUCUACCUGACCGGCGGCAAGCACCCCAAGCAGGCAGAGGUAGAGCUGUUGUCCCGGCAGAGUGGGCUCUCUGGCCGCCAGGUAGAGCGCUGGUUCCGCCGCCGCCGCAACCAGGACCGGCCCAGUCUCCUCAAGAAGUUCCGAGAAGCCAGCUGGAGGUUCACGUUUUACCUGAUUGCCUUCAUUGCCGGCAUGGCUGUCAUUGUGGAUAAACCCUGGUUCUAUGACAUGAAGCAAGUUUGGGAGGGAUAUCCCAUACAGAGCACCAUCCCUUCCCAGUACUGGUACUAUAUGAUCGAGCUUUCUUUCUACUGGUCCCUGCUCUUCAGCAUCGCUUCUGACGUCAAGCGGAAGGACUUCAAGGAGCAGAUCAUCCACCACGUGGCCACCAUCAUCCUCAUCAGCUUCUCCUGGUUCGCCAACUAUAUCCGAGCGGGCACUCUCAUCAUGGCUCUGCACGACUCCUCCGACUACCUGCUAGAGUCAGCCAAGAUGUUUAACUAUGCUGGAUGGAAAAACACCUGCAACAACAUCUUCAUCGUCUUUGCCAUCGUCUUCAUCAUCACCCGACUGGUCAUCCUACCCUUCUGGAUCCUGCAUUGCACUGUGGUGUACCCGCUGGAGCUCUAUCCUGCCUUCUUUGGCUAUUACUUCUUCAAUUCCAUGAUGGGAGUGUUACAGAUGCUGCAUAUCUUCUGGGCCUACCUCAUUUUGCGCAUGGCCCACAAGUUCAUAACUGGAAAGCAGGUAGAAGAUGAACGCAGUGACCGGGAAGAAACGGAGAGCUCAGAGGGAGAGGAGGCUACCGGCGGGGGAGGAGCAAAGAGCCGGGCCCUAGCCAAUGGCCACCCCAUCCUCAACAACAACCAUCGUAAAAAUGACUGA